AUGUCGCACAGAAAGUACGAAGCCCCACGACACGGUUCGCUCGGCUUCUUGCCUCGCAAGCGAGCAGCCCGUCACCGCGGCAAAGUCAAGGCGUUCCCGAAGGAUGACCCGAAGAAACCGGUCCACCUGACUGCCUUCAUGGGCUACAAGGCCGGUAUGACCCACAUCGUACGAGAAUUGGAGCGACCGGGCAGCAAGAUGCACAAGAAGGAGAUCGUCGAAGCGGUCACCAUCAUCGAGACUCCGCCCGUCAACGUCGUCGGUGUCGUCGGCUACGUCGAGACGCCGCGAGGAUUGCGUUCGCUCACCACUGUCUGGGCCGAACACCUGUCUGACGAGCUGAAGCGUCGCUUCUACAAGAACUGGUACCGAAGCAAGAAGAAGGCGUUCACCAAGUACGCAAAGAAGCACGCAGAGGGAGGCGCGUCCGUCUCGAGAGAGAUGGAGAGGAUCAAGAAGUACUGCACCGUCGUCCGCGUUCUCGCGCAUACCCAGAUCAGAAAGACGGGCCUCAAGCAGAAGAAGGCGCACCUGAUGGAGAUCCAGAUCAACGGCGGCUCGAUUGCCGACAAGGUCGACUUUGCAAAGUCUCACUUUGAGAAACCCAUCGAAGUGAGCGCCGUCUUUGAGCAAGAUCAGAACAUCGACAUCAUCGGCGUCACAAAGGGCAAGGGCUUCGAGGGUGUCACUCACCGAUGGGGCACAAAGAAGCUACCGCGAAAGACGCACAAGGGUCUCCGCAAGGUCGCCUGUAUCGGCGCCUGGCAUCCCUCCAAGGUGAUGUUCUCGGUCGCCCGUGCCGGUCAAAACGGCUACCAUCACCGAACGGAGAAGAACAAGAAGAUCUACCGCAUCGGAUCCGGCGCAGACGACAAGAACGCCUCUACGGAAUACGACACGACCUCAAAGGCGAUCACACCCAUGGGCGGUUUCGUCAGGUACGGCGUCGUCAAGAACGACUUUGUCCUCAUCAAGGGUUCCUGCGUCGGUGUCAAGAAGCGCAUCCUCACCCUCAGACAGUCACUCCAGAUCCACUCGUCCAGGAAGGAUCUCGAGAAGGUCCAGCUGAAGAUGAUCGAUACGAGCAGCAAGUUUGGCCACGGUCGAUUCCAGACCGCUGUCGAGAAGAACGCCUUCCUCGGUCAGCGCAAGAUCAAGGCCUAG